AUGGUGCGCAAGGCAAUUGGCAUACCCAAGCUGGGCUCAAGCAGCUUCCUGCCCCUGAACCAGCGGAAGCAGGUCUUCCUUCCCGAAUUCACAAUCGCCCUCGUCCGAACUCCUUUCCUCUCCCCGCGCUAUGCCCAAUUCCGCGUCCCGCUCAACUUCAACAAGCUCGAUAUCCGCGACUACCUCGAGCGUGUGUACGGCGUUGGCGUUGUGAGCGUCCGCAGUUACAUCGAGCAGCAACCUAUCACCCGUAUCGACCGCGACCAACGGAACUUUGGCGCCUGGCGACGACCCCAAUCCAUCAAGCGCAUGACCGUCGAACUGCGCGAGCCCUUCAUCUGGCCCGAGGAGCCGACAGACUUCACCCGCUGGGAGAAGGAUUCCUGGGACGCUACCGAGAAACACCAGCAAAAGGUGCGCAAGGACAACGUCCAGAAGCCCAACGGGGCCGAGAAGCCGGAUAAAGAUCUGCGGAAGGCGUUUAAGGAACAGGCUAAGGAGUUGAAGGCGGAUAAGGAAACGUGGCGACCAACCUGGAAGGCCUUGGGUCUCAACUUCGCGCAUAAGGAGAUGGCCAAGGGCAGCAACGUUGCUGCUCCAUCGUGGAUGAAGAAGACACCAUGA